AGGCAAGAACGCAGUGUCAAGUUUUUGUCUGUGGUUGUGACCUCGCGGUAGCCAAGUGCUUGGCCGGAGCCACUUACAACGACGAGAACAAGAAUAUCAACACCGGUGAACGUUGCCAAUGAUAUUUGAGAGGCUUCAGCGCAGGGACUGUGGCAGUUACUCACCUGCGCCUGGCAAUUCUCUGGAUGGGCCUCUAUUUUAUAUAUAUAUAAAUA